AUGGAACAGAUAGUAAUUUCACAAGAUUUUAAUUUAGAUCUACCCACCAUAAGUAGAAAUGAUUUUAAUUUCGAACGUCGAAUUAUUGCUGAAAUUGAAAGGUUUCGACAGGAAAGUGAAGAAAUAGCACGAGCGCGGGCUCAAAAGUUGCAAGCUCUUCAAGAGGAAAGAAUUCGGAAACAAAAGGAAGAAGCAAGGAAGAUAGCUCCCGGUUUUUUGGAUACGGAUCAAAAAAUUCUUACUCCCACACGAGCUAGUCAACAGGCAGAAAAUAAUAAUGCAGUGAUUAAUAGCGGAGCAGAGUUUGAAAAUCAAAAAAAGCUACAUUCUCGAUCUACGUCGGAUGAAAAUGCAGAACGAAUGGUGGAAGGAGAAGAGAUUCAGGAUAAAGCAAAAUCAUUGGUGCAUCUGUUUGAGGAAAGUCUUCCGCCGCGUAAUCCGUGGGAUCGUCCAAAUUCGGUCCAGGAUGACAUAUCAAUAUUGAGAGGCAUGGUUGUGCCAUCAAACGGGACGCAAAAUUAUACUUCUAACGGGCAUAUUACAUCAUUAACUGUCACUGGACCGUAUCCUGGAACGGAGGUACCAUUGGCACCUACCAACCCCACCGGAUCAUUUCACCCGUCACCUUUGCUGCAACCCGUUUCAACACCUUUGCAGCCAUCAAUCAAUCACUCAUUCACAUUAGGGCCACCACUAUCGACUCAUAGUAAUAACUCAGAAUUAUCCCCUCCGAAUAGCUAUACAUCUUCUUCCUUAAGUUCACUGAAAAUUCGUAAUGCUUCUUCCACCAACAUUCAACAAAGAACUUAUCCUACUACUGCUUCAUCAUAUAUUCGAGAACGUCGGUCUUCGGGUCAAUUACGUGUCACUAAUCCUAUUCCACCCACCAGACCCCCAAAGGAGGUGAUUACAUCGUCUUCAUCGACGGUCAAUAAUAUAAAGUCAUCAACGAUCGAGGAGAGCAAUGAAAAUGACAUGAAGCUUUUUGAAUUAAUUAAACAAUUUACAAAUAUGGGUUUUACAAAAUCACAAGCUGUCGAAGCGUUGGAAAAGUAUAAUUAUGACCUUCUUCAAGCAACUAAUUAUUUAUUGGACUUGCAACAAAAUUAUUGA